AUGACUUCAUAUUACAAAGACUUGGAUAGAAAGCAAAUCUGGGCUUAUGAAAAGCUUGAGAACGGCGACGCAUUUGAAAUUCUUAGAUCUUCAACAGAGGGAACGUUCUUGGUUUCAAGGAAUCAAGAAAAACACGACGAAAUCAAGAAAAACGCGUCUCGAGUUGCUACAAUUUAUUAUGUAUCAAGUUCUGGGGCAAUUAUAUCAAAGUCAAUCUAUUGCCAACAGAAUAUGAACUUCGUUAUCUACUCUGUUCGAGAAACAAAUUUUUGGUUUCGAUCAAUCACUUCUCUGAUGAAGCAUAUCGUCAGAGAGAAAAUUUUGCUGAGUGACACGUUGCUAACUAAAGCAUUCGAGAAAACGUAUAUCUAA